CUUCUACCUAAGCACUGUGCCACCACCAUCAGCAAGGCCAAGAACAAGAAGUCCAUGAAGCAGAGGCAGGCUCCCAGGAAAGGGGAGCCUGAGAGGGACAAGCCAGGAGCUGAGAGUCACCGAAAGAACCGCAGCAUUGUCACCAACAUGGACAAGCUACACCUCAACUUGACAGAAUUGGCACUGACAAUGAAUCAUGUGUACAGUCUCUCUGUGUUUGAACAUACUAUCUUCCCUUCUGAGUAUCUUAGCAGCCACCUGGAGGCCAGGCUCAACAGAGCUAUCGUGUGGCUGGCUGGUUACAAUGCCACAACCCAGGAGAUCCAAAGGCCUUCUGAGCUGUUGGCGGGAGUCAAAGCAUACAUCAGUCUUAUUCAGUCACUGGCGCAGUUUUUGGGUGCAGAUGCUUCCAGAGUCGUGCGCAAUGCCCUCCUGCAGCAGACACAACCACUGGACUCGUGUGGGGAGCAGACCAUUACCACUCUCUACACAAACUGGUACCUAGAAAGUCUCCUCAGACAGGCGAGCAGUGGGACAAUCAUCCUUUCCCCAGCCAUGCAGGCCUUCAUCAGCCUUCCCAGAGAGGGGGAGCAGAACUUCAGUGCAGAGGAAUUCUCAGACAUCUCUGAGAUGCGGGCCUUGGCUGAACUCCUAGGUCCCUAUGGCAUGAAGUUCCUGAGUGAAAACCUAAUGUGGCAUGUGACCUCUCAGAUUGUGGAGCUGAAGAAGCUGGUGGUGGAAAACAUGGAUAUACUUGUUCAGAUCAGAUCCAACUUUAGCAAGCCAGACUUGAUGGCAUCUCUGCUGCCCCAGCUGACUGGAGCUGAAAAUGUCCUGAAGCGUAUGACCAUCAUUGGAGUGAUCCUCAGUUUUAGGGCCAUGGCCCAAGAGGGACUUCGGGAGGUUUUCUCCUCCCACUGCCCAUUUCUCAUGGGCCCCAUUGAGUGCCUGAAGGAGUUUGUCACUCCAGACACAGACAUCAAGGUGACCCUGAGUAUCUUUGAACUGGCAUCUGCUGCAGGUGUGGGCUGUGACAUUGACCCAGCUCUGGUUGCUGCCAUUGCCAAUCUGAAAGCUGAUAGCUCAUCUCCAGAAGAAGAGUAUAAGGUGGCCUGCCUGCUCUUGAUCUUUCUUGCCGUUUCUCUCCCACUCCUUGCUACUGACUCUUCUUCCUUCUACAGCAUUGAGAAGGAUGGUUUCAACAAUAACAUCCACUGCUUGACCAAAGCGAUCAUCCAGGUGUCUGCUGCUCUCUUUACAUUGUACAACAAGAACAUUGAAACUCAUCUCAAGGAAUUUCUGGUGGUGGCCUCUGUCAGCCUUUUGCAGCUGGGCCAGGAGACUGACAAGCUUAAAACCAGGAAUCGGGAAUCCAUUUCUCUGCUCAUGCGCCUGGUGGUGGAGGAGUCAUCCUUUCUGACCCUGGACAUGCUGGAGUCCUGUUUUCCUUACGUUCUACUUCGAAACGCCUAUCGGGAGGUAUCCCGGACCUUCCACCUGAACAGAGUACCUGCCAGUACCCACUGAAGAGUGGAAGCUGUGGUUAUUUUUUCAAGUGGGGCGGGGGGUAUAGGGAGGAAAUAGGGAGAGAGAGGGUCAGAAGUCAAUCUAGGGCUGAGAAAUCAUAGAGAAGUAGGGAAGGCUGGGGGCAUGGAGGGCAGUUCAUAGACAAACUUAGGGGAUGGGCCACAUGUGUGAAUUUUUACCAUGAAAAAAUGAGUGACCUACAAACAUAUUUCCUAUCUUCUGGUGACUGAGACUUGAGCUCUGACAGGCAUGGCUCUCUCCGACCUUCAUCACUAUUCUAGGAUAAUGCUGGCGAGCAGAGAUGAUCAAUCAUCAUAUUAAACCAUAAUGAGUUUAUAAUCCUCCCACUGGAGCGGCUAUUGUCUCUUGCACAUUCAUUAGGACUGUUAUCGCCUCUCUUUCUUUUCCAAAUGUGUUCAGUAAACAUUCAGCCUGUUCCUACUGCAGAGGAGCCGUAAAGGGACCCCUCUUCUUCCUUAUGGGGCUCUUUCUCUACCUUUGCUUGAUGGUCUUUCCCACUGGGACAGGGCAGAAGUGCCCUCUGGAGAGUUUCACUGCCUACUUCCUCUCCUGCCCAUUGUGGAUAAUGAGUAUAUUUUCUUCUGCUCUUACCCUGACUCCUUUUUCUUUGAUAUCUCCACAACCCAGAGCAGAGGGGCUGUCUGGGUCACAUGACAGCAAAGUAGAGCAGACUCAUGUGGACUUUCCCUCCCACACCAUUUUGGGGGUACUCUUCCUCCUAUUUGGAGGGACUAAUUUGCCCCUAAAUCCCCUGUCAGCUUGGGUACAGCUGUAGCUCCAGGCAGGGAUUUCUCUUGUAGAUCUUAAAUUUCACAGACCUCAUUACGUUGUAGGGCCUUGAGAGUGGGUAUCCUUGAGGGAGUACAAGCUGUUUCAACUUAGCCCUUUUCUGCACUAAUUAGAAUUUCAAGUGUCACAGAGCCUGGGGCGUUUGAGAUAGCACUGAACUAGGUUUAGUUAACUCUGUGGCGGGAAACAGUGGCCCCAUCAGUCACUCUGUGUAUCCACUGCUAGGGAGGACCAGAGCAACAGAUCAUGUGUGUCACAAGUUCAGAGUGGUUGGAAUGCAAAUAUGAUUAGCUAGUUGAUUAAUUAGGGUCAUGUCCAUACUUCAACAAUGAAAAGGAAGCAAUUGUUGGCUUUCAGCAAAACCAUUCGACCUUCAUUAAGCCAAUUUGAUAGCUAUUUGGAGAUUGUGUGUGUGUGUGUGUUUGCUUUUUUAUUUCUCCAGACCUGGGUUUAGUCAAUACUUUCUUAACUUGGCACCCAUAAUCAACACACAUUUUUCUUAGCAACGACUGUCUGCUCUUUAGGGUAGAAGCAGCAGAAAAUCCUGCUUCAUGCUUCAGCUAAUCGUCCUUCCUUGCUGUGGAAAGGACAUUACAUUCUAAGGAGUGAUUCAGUGUCAGGCCUACUGAGACUACAAGCACAGCUGAUGGGGAAGAGAAGGUGCAGAAGGAUCUGAUCAACAACCCUAUACUAUUCCCUUUCUUUUUCUUGAGUCAUGGUCUUGCUAUGAAGUCCAGGUUGGCCUCCAACUCACAAUCCUCCUGCCUCAGCCGCCUGAGUACUGGGAUUGGUGGGUACCGCCACACCCAGCUGAUCCCACAUUUGUAUCUCUGCUUGGUUCUUCUACUUGAGAAGAUGAAAACUCUUUUCUAUCUACAUGGAGGUAUGCUUAGCAGGACCUUCCCAGAGGACAGCAAGACAAGUUGCUGCAGGGGGGUGGAGGGUAGACAAAAUAUUUAUUUAUUUAUUUAGAGAUGAGGUCUCUCUGUGUUGCCCAGGGUGGUCUUGUACUCAUGAGCUCAAAUGAUCCUCUCAUCUCAGCCUCCCAAGUUGCUGAGAUUACAGGCAUGCAAGCACCAUGCUUGGCUAAUAUUCAUUUUUAAAAAUUUGACAAUUUUAUUGAGAUAUUUAAUCCACAUGCACUUGUAAGAAUAAUACAGAAAGAUCCCAUGUACCUUUACAGUUUCCCUCAAUGGUAGCAUCUCAAAAAACUAUAGCACACUGUCACAACUAGGAUACUGGCACUGAAAUAAUCCACGAUCUUUAGCUGUCCCAGUUUUACUUAUACUCAAUUCUCUGUGCAUGUGUAUUUAGCUCUCUGCAGCCUUGUCACGUGUAGGUUCGUGUAUCUGCCAAGUCAAGAUAUAGAGCACUUCCGUUACCAUGAGGACCCCUCCUAUUGCUUUUAUAACCACACCCACUUCCCUCCUGCACCCCUUCCCUACCCAGCCCCCUGCAACACAGAUUUGUUCUCUAGACUUCUAAAAUUUAUGACUUGACAUAAAAUCUUUUCAUAAACAUGUAAUUAUACCCACACACUUACCUGGCACUUGCACUUUUCAAAAGCAUUUCUCCAUCCUUAUAGUAAUUCUGCAAUGUAGCCAGGGAAGGCUCCCCUAUUUCAGGUCAGGAAACAAAUUCAACAACAUUAAAUGAUUUAAUGAAGGUCACAUGUUUAGUAGUAGAACUAGAAGCAGGACCCGUCAGUGUUUAGUCCUACACUUUUUUCCUGAUCAGACUGCCUCUUCAUAAGGGAAGAUUUAGAAUCCAGAGACUUGAGAAGGAGCAAAGAGGAGGAGGUGAGGACAAGGAUGGCCUUUACCAUCUGGAACAAAAGGUAAAUGUCUAGAAGUAAGUGGACAGAUGAGGUAAUGGGACCCAUCAGCAUUUCAGAUAAUUUGCUUCCUUGACCAGGAUGGUCUCCGACUUCUUGCAGCCUAGAACAUAAUCAGUUGUGAACUGCUUUUACUCUCAGAUUCCCCCAACUUGCUUUACGCAGGCCUCCAGGAGAACUGAGGAAUGACUAUAAGGAGAAAUUCUGACUCUGAUUGCUUUGUCUUGCUGGCAGAGAGUUGGCUCUAGCCUCAGCAUUUUCAUUAGUGCAGUGUUUUCAUUAAAGUCUCCAUUAACUCACUUGCAGCAGUGAGAUGGAAUUAUCUCUUUUACCAGCCUAGGGGAGAUGCUUGCAGAAGCACUCUUUCCUUUGGUCAGUAGACACAGCCUGUUCUGGUAUGGCGUUCUAUCCAAUGGGCAGCCUCAAGGUGCAGAAGGUCUGAGGCCUGGCCAAGGGGGGCCCUUGUCUUUUUGACACUUUGUCUUGCAGGAAGGGAACAAAUGUAGUUUGAGCUCCAGGACCUAGGAGGGAGGGAAGGAGGCCCUAGCUAGGGACAGGCUUCCUUAGCCUAAGGUUCUCAUGCCUGCAUCAGUUCUUCAACAAAGUUUGACUUUGAGAAGAAGCUAGCACAUGGCUGAAAUAUGCUCACGUUGUUGGGGGAAGAAUGUUCUUCCCGUCCUCCUCCCCAUAGGGCCUCCUGCUUCUCCAGAGUACCUGUCAUCAAAGGAGAUGAAGAUGAGUCCCCUCAGCCCCCACACCUCAGUGAGUUGUCAAGUACUCUCCUCCCACCUGAAGAGGAAGCAGGAACAGCAGGCCAGGUUGCAGGUUGGGGAAGUCAGAAGUUAACUUGAGCUGAGUUUGCAGCACUGGAGAGAUUGAGGAGCAGGCUUUUCUCUUGUCACUUUGGAAGGAGAGGAUUGUGGGGCCACCCCUUUAAAUAGCAUUCCCGUAGGAGGCGGAUCACAUCCAUCCGUCACCUGCUGCCAAAGCAUCAUUUUUGGCCUCUAUCAA